AUGGUCACCCGGAGCGCGAGGGAAGAGACCCAAGAGAUACCACGAAUAUAUAUACCCACCCUAAACCCCGACCAUUUCUCGCACAUUAUUUCUCUCUCUCUCGCUCUCUUCUCUCUCGGCUCCAUCUCACUCGUUUCGUCUCCGAGAUCACCAUGGAUCAAGAUCGGAAUCAAUGGAUUUGGAAGGAUCGGGCGAUUGGUGGCCAAAGUGGCUCUCCAGAGCAACGACGUCGAGCUCGUCGCCGUCAACGAUCCCUUCAUCACCACCGACUACAUGUUGUCCUGCAUCAAAUAUGUAACACUGGUGAAGGUAGAAGGUAAACAAAAUGUUGAUGUCCAGCUUCUGAAGAAGGAAAUGUGCAGACAUGUAGUGAUGCAGAAAUUGCUGAAUCCCAGGAAUGCUUUUUCCCUCUCUGCAUGUUAGCCAUGAUUUUAAGAAUUCUAAUACCUUGUUUUAGCUUGGGCUAUUUCCGCUUUCUUUUUAUAUUUGAUUCCCACCGAACAACUGCAGAUUGUUUACAAACAUAGCUUUGCACACUUUGUAACCUCAGAGAAUCAUAACUCCUCUCCGAUGUUUGAAUUAAAUAAUAAACUUGUAAUUGACUAGAUGUCGACAACCUACAGAAAUACCCAUUUUUGCAAAUUAGCUAACAGACUGUGGUCCGCUGUCACUAUAGUACUGCCUGGUGGUUUCACGUGAGAAUUCUGCAAGUGUCAUCCCAUCUCUCAAUCGAGAGGAUAGUGGACUUUUUUGAAGAUUUCUUGCAUUAGCUCAAGAAGUUCCUGAGUUUCAGUGAUGAAGGAGCUCAGUGAAGCACUUGUUUUUUUGGUCACAAGACCCAGAUGUCUCGAAGCUUGACAACAACUUCCUACUUGUUUCAGAAUCUAAAAGGUAUGCAGGAUAAGAGAGAGUUUUGUUCCAAGCUGGCUGCAAGAAGAUGGCGAAUAUCUAUCAGCUUAAUUCCUCUAUUUCAACAGGUCAGCCAACAGAAUAAGUGUAAUGCAAAGCUUACCACAUGACAAGAUAUCAGCUGCUUCCCCUACCUGAAUGAAGAAGCUUUCAGGUGGGGAUUUCACCACAAAGAGAUUAUUCUUUUUAGUGUCAAACAGUUGCAGAUAUGUAUGCCCAUCUGGAGAAGAGCACUCUGGACUGUUAGAGAAGAACAAACAUCUGUUUGGCAAGGAAUGUAAAUAAUGGUGUUGUUAGAAUAGUGAAGAUUCCAUAGUCAUAAUGCCAUUGCUUCCAUAAACAGGAUAAAAAAUUUCUGCAGAACCUAUCUUCAAUCAAGCUGUUCUCUAUAAGCAACUCAUCCAAGGGCUCCUUUUCUGACAUAGGAAAAAUGCUUCCUGACAUAGUAGAUUCAUGAAAAUUUGAAGGAUAAAUUUUAAUUGAAUGCACUUUCUUUAUAGAUC